UUUAAAUUUUAUGAUUCAUGCAGUAAAUAGACACAAUUAUAUUUCAAAGUUUAAACUUCUCAAACGGUGAUAAAUAGAGUGAUGAGCAUUACUAUCACUUAGUAAUUGUGAACCAAAAAUGCACCCAAACUUUAAUGAUUGCCCAACAAGCUCAUUGGCCUGACAUUGAAAAAAAAAAAAAAAAAACAAGCAUAUUGGCAAAGGGAAGUUGAUUACUUCAGACAGGUUUUGUCUUGAUCAAUAGUUUAGUCUUUAGACUCGCAAUCUACCAAAUUUAAAUAUUUUACUAAAAAAUAUGACUAAAAAAUCAUCAUAAUAAAUGUUCAUGACUUGGGCUCCAAGAAUCAUUGGUUAAUGUAUUUUAUAGCCCCAUAAACCCUUAAGUCUUAAAGUUCUCCAUCAGCAUGAUCCAACCUUGAAGUGCACACAACCAAAAAACAGGGCCAAAUCCCCAAAUCCGUGACACCGUUAAGAAAGAAAAAGAAAACAAAACAGAGAGACAAAACACUUUUCCCCUGCUAUAAAUACCAUAACCUACCACCUCCAUUUUCAUCAGCUCAAAUUUCUUCACCUUCUUUUCAUCAACUCAAAUACCUUCCUAAUUUCCAAAACACCAAUUAAAAAAAUAUAUAUUCCAAUUUAAAAAUAAAUAUGAGAACCGUAAUUGCCUUCUCUACUGCAAUUCCGGCAACAAAAUCUCCACUGGAAUCAUCGCUGCCGCCAACUCCAACACCAACAGCCAUGGGGCAGCAGCAGCAGCCGCGCUCACCGUGGCACUCUCCGGUACCCUACCUAUUCGGUGGCCUGGCGGGGAUGUUGGGUCUGAUUGCUUUUGCUUUGUUGAUCCUUGCCUGCUCUUACAGGAAGCUUCCGAGCCGGUUGGAGGAUAGAGAGGGAGGCGAGGGAGACUUAGAGAGCGGCGGCGGCGGCGGCGACGAGAAAGGCGACGGGUCGAAUAAAUCAGUGAAGGUGUUCGAGGAGAAGAUUUUGGUUAUUAUGGCAGGGAAUGAGAACCCAACUUUCUUGGCCACGCCGGUUUCCGUGUGCUCGAAAGCUGCUUCUUUCGGCGGAGCUGGCGAUCAUGCCGACGAACAGGGGAUGAGCAAAGAAGUAAAUAAGGAGGAGAGCUCCGAGAAAGUGAAAGAAGAAAUGGGGUCCCAUGAUCCCGAAGAACCCGAAAAUAUUCGAAAUUAAGACGAUGAAUCUGAGACUCAGCCGAGGCGAUUACAAGAAGAGCAAGUACAACAUGAAAACCAGCGAGCUUAACCAGGGCCGGCCCUGAGAGUUUGGCCCUAGGAAACCUUCGAAAUUGGGUUCUAGAGUUCUCUAACUCCUGACCCUUUGUAUUUUGACAAGUGUAAAAAAAAUUCACUAAAUACAUGAAAAAUCUAUUUUUACAUCAAAUAUUAUUAAAAAUUAAUAUCAAAAGAAAAAAGAUAUACAAACAUUACUCAAAUAUUAGUA